AUGGCCCUCCCACCAAAAUUCGCUGGUCAGAAGUUUGUGGCUACGGCUGUGCCGGCGCUGCAUACGUUGGAAUUGUAUUUGGAUUAUGUUUGUCCUUUCUCGGCCAAAAUGUUCAAUACAGUCUACACAUCCGUGAUCCCCCUUAUCAAACAAAAAUACUCUUCCAAAGUCCAAAUUAUCUUUCGUCAACAAAUUCAACCUUGGCAUCCAAGUAGUACAUUAGUCCACGAAGCUGGCGUCGCUGUACUCGCCCUCUCCCCUCAAAAUUUCUACCCUUUCUCCGCCUCCCUCUUCAAACAACAAAAUGAUUUCUUCGACGUAAAUGUUGUGAAUGAAACACGCAAUGCAACAUAUAAACGUCUAUCGAAGAUAGGAGGAGAAGUAGGAAUUGACGAGGAGAAAAUGUACGAUCUUUUGAAAAUAAGUGAUAAGCCAGGAAAAGAUGGAGCACUUAAUUCGGGAAAUGGUGUUACGGAUCAAUUGAAGGUUUUGGUGAAGAUGAAUAGGUUGGUGGGUAUUCAUGUUACACCGACUGUUGUGUUCAAUGGUGUAGUAGAAAACUCAAUCAGUAGUUCAUUCACCGCCGAGCAAUGGGAAGAAUGGUUGGACAAAAAUGUUGCAUAA